ACCCACUUUAUAUCGGAUAUCACUCAGCUAGUGGAGAUCGCUGAUUUUUAAAGAAAACAGACCUUUACCGCGCCGGUUUUUGCAUUGAAUACAGUUUGCCGGAAGUGCUUAACCCAGGUGACUGGCAAAUUAAAAGUUAUAUUAGCAUGAUUCAGCAUUUACCCUAAUUUCCAGAGUCCCAAUAAUUGACAAGCAUGAACGUUUGGCUCUGAGUUACCUUUAUUAACUCAAGAUACAUCAAAAAAUACAUAGCUAAUGUACACCAUUGACUGUUGUACACCGUCUGAGAGAAAAAAAAAGUUUAUCCAACUAUGACGACUUCCGUUACUGAGAAACCCGGAAAUGUGAAAAGGGUCCAUGAGCCGCGCGGCGCCAUCUUGAGGAGAGAACGGUUUUUUCCACAGAAUCAGGCGGACAGUCAGAAACUCACUGGCCUCUGCGGAGUGCCAGAUGCCGCGGGGAUUUCUCCUCUCUCUCCGCUCACAACAUGGAUUUCAACGUGAGGAAACUCGCCUCGGAUGCUGGGAUAUUCUUUUCCCGCGCUGUCCAGUUUACAGAGGAGAAACUGGGACAGGCUGAGAAGACUGAACUGGACACUCACUUCGAGAAUCUGUUGGCCAGAGCGGAUUGCACCAAAAACUGGACAGAGAAAAUCUACAGGCAGACUGAAGUUCUGCUCCAGCCAAACCCGGGUGCUCGCAUUGAAGAGUUCCUGUAUGAGAAGCUUGACCGGAAGAUUCCACCACGGGCCACCAAUGGAGAGAUUUUAUCCCAGUUCAUGCUGGAGGCUGCGAAGGAGUUUGGACCGGGAACACCAUAUGGAAGCACCCUGAUCAAAGUGGGCGACUGUCAGAGGAGGCUAGGCGGCGCUGAGAGAGAGUUUCUGCAGGCCUCGUCCAUCAGCUUUCUAACACCCUUGCGCAACUUCCUGGAGGGAGACUGGAGGACCAUUUCUAGAGAGCGGAGACUCCUGGAGAAUCGACGCUUGGAUCUGGAUGCCUGUAAAGCACGUCUCAAGAAGGCCAAAGCUGCGGAAGCCAAAGCGGCUGCUGUUCCAGACUUUCAAGAGACUCGACCACGUAAUUAUGUGCUUUCUGCCAGCGCAUCUGCACUCUGGAGCGAGGAGCUUGAUAAAUCGGAGCAGGAGUUACGGGUCGCUCAGGCAGAGUUUGACAGACAGGCUGAAGUCACCAGACUCCUGCUGGAGGGCAUCAGCAGCACACACGUGAAUCAUCUGCGCUGUCUGCGUGAGUUUGCGGAGGCGCAGGCCAUGUAUUACAACCAGUGUCACAAAUACAUGCAGGAGCUGCAGAGAGAGCUGGGCAGGUGUCCUGACUCUCUGGAGGUGAACUGUGAACCGUCCGGGAGCCCGUCAGACCUGCUGAACUCUCCGUCUCCGCUGGACUCAGACACUCUUCAGAUUGAGGAGGUCCAGCCUCCUGCCAGUGGCACACGCAAAGCCCGAGUCUUGUACGACUACACUGCCGCAGACUCCAGUGAGCUCUCACUGCGCGCAGAUGAGGUGAGAGCAACCAACGAUGUGACCUAGAAUUAAAACCUCCAUUAAUGAAACACUUUACUAGGGGUGUGAAUUUACACUGGUCUCACGGUUAGGAAUAAGCCGGUGUAAGAUUCUGAAGGUAUAACCUUGGAUCACAGUGAUUACUGCUCUAAAAUAUGUUCCCUUAAAUGUCUGGGUAAAAAACAACAACUUUCCCCCAUUGAACACAAUAUAUUUGAUUUUAAGAAACAUUUGAAAUAUUUUGCAGCAGUAAUCAGGCUAAAUAAUAAAGUUACUGAUUGGC